AUGCCGCAUUGUCUGUAUCUACAGUCAACACAGAGAGCCGCGGCGUGGGGAUCAAGCAGAGAGGAUGAAUUGUUAAAAGCCGUAAAAAAUUGUGAAUCAGUACGCCUGACCUUUAAGCUGCACUUAACAGAGAGUACCUCUGUUGAGUGGGAAACUGUAGUAUGGCGCAACUGUCUUUACAUUCGCGUACCAAGCUGCCUUCUACCAGAGGGUUCCAAGGAGGGAUUUGUUUCCCUUUUGGAAUAUGCCGAAGAAACAUUACAUUUUACUAAUAUCAUUGUUUGUCUCCGAAAAGACAAAUCAGAUCGAGCUAUGCUGGUUCGUACCUUCAUGUUUUUGGGCUUCACGGUACUACCACCAAAUCAUGCCUUGGUACCACAAAUCAGUGACCCUGGUAAUCUCUACAUGCUCUAUGCCAUCGAGUAAUCGGCAAGCAGCUAGAAUCCUCUCAAAUUUAACGCGCAGGUACUCUGUUAUAACGAAGUUUAUGAUAGAAUUCAACAAAAUGGAAAGUAAGAAAUUAGAUUUUAUUUGACUUUUUUUUCCAUUAUUUUUGGUUUGCUUUAUUUAUGCACCACAAGAUGCACUUUACAUCUUGUGAAUGCUCUUCAGUAUUAAUUUUCAUUUCUUUUAUUAUAUAGUGAAAUUGACCGAUAAGCAAUAAUUUGGCAUAUUGAAAUUUGAUUUAAAAAAAAAAAAAAAAAC